AAAGUAAAGAUAGCUAGUUAACGUUACUAUAUUUGGUUAAACAGUGAGUUGGGAAAGUGGGAUACGUUAGCGAUCGAAAUGACAACGUUGUAUCAAUUUCAAUUUACAAAAAACAACAAUUUCAGUUUUCAAACGGUCGUUCAAAACAAAAACAUAUUUUUUUUAAACGGUCGUUCGAUAAUUAACUUGAACGCGGGACAGGUCACCAGAAGCAAGAAAACUAACAAGCCUGCAACCUACAUACAGUCGUGGCGAAAAGUUUUGAGAAUGACACAAAUAUACAUUUUCACAAAUUCUGCUGCCUCAGUUUGUAUGAUGGCAAUUUGCAUAUACUCCAGACUGUUACGAAGAGUGAUCAGAUGAAUUGCAUCAUUUGCCAUGCAAAUGAACUGAAUCCCCCAAAAACAUUUCCACUGCAUUUCAGCCCUGCCACAAAAGGACCAGAUGACAUGUCAGUGAUUCUCUCGUUAACACAGGUGUGAGUGUUGACGAGGACAAGGCUGGAGAUCACUCUGUCGUGCUGAUUGAGUUCGAAUAACAGACUGGAAGCUUCAAAAAGAGGGUGGUGUUCGGAAUCAUUGUUCUUCCUCUGUCAACCAUGGUUACCUGCAAGGAAACACGUGCCUUCAUCAUUGCUUUGCAAAAAAGGGCUUCACAGGCAAGGAUAUUGCUGCCAGUAAGAUUGCACCUAAAUCAACAAUUUAUCGGAUCAUCAAGAACUUCAAGGAGAGCGGUUCAAUUGUUGUGAAGAAGGAUUCAGGGCGCCCAAGAAAGUCCAGCAAGCGCCAGACCGUCUCCUAAAGUUGAUUCAGCUGCGGGAUCGGGACAUCACCAUUACAGAGCUUGCUCAGGAAUGGCAGCAGGCAGGUGUGAGUACAUCUGCACGCACAGUGAGGCAAAGACUUUUGGAGGAUGGCCUGGUGUCAAGAAGGGCAGCAAAGAAGCCACUUCUCUCCAGGAAAAACAUCAGGGACAGACUGAUAUUCUGCAAAAGGUACAGGGAUUUGACUGCUGAGGACUGGGGUAAAGUCAUUUUCUCUGAUGAAUCCCCUUUCGGAUUGUGUGGGGCAUCUGGAAAAAAGCUUGUCCGGAGAAGACAAGGUGAGCGCUCCCAUCAGUCCUGUGUCAGACCUUAAUCCCAUUGAGAACUUGUGGUCAAUCCUCAAGAGGCGGGUGGACAAACAAAAACCCUAAAAUUCUGACAAACUCCAAGAAUUGAUUAUGCAAGAAUGGGCUGCCAUCAGUCAGGAUGUGGCCCAGAAGUUAAUUGACAGCAUGCCAGGGCGGAUUGCAGAGCUCUUGAAAAAGAAGGGUCAACACUGCAAAUAUUGACUCUUUGCAUCAACUUCAUGUAAUUGUCAAUAAAAGCCCUUGACACUUAUGAAAUGCAUGUAAUUAUACUUCAGUAUUCCGUAGUAACCUCUGACAAAAAUAUCUAAAGACGCUGAAGCAGCAAACUUUGUGGAAAUUAAUAUUUGUGUCAUUCUCAAAACUUUUGGCCACAACUCUACACUGUUGGUUUGAGCCAGCUACUUACUGCCCGCAAAGCUUAGGUGUGUGAAUUUGUGGUUGUGUGGUGCUUGGUUGGUAUUUGCUGUUCUUUGUACCAGGUAAUUCACACUUUAAGAAAUCUUUUAAAUGUUUUAUUUUGUGAGACAUUCGUUUUUCUACAUUAUUUUCGUUCCCUUGAACACGGAACAAAAAUAUAAACGCAACGUGCAACAAUUUAAAAGAUUUUUAGUUACAGUUCAUAUAAGGAAAUAAGUCAAUUGAAAUAAAAUCAUUAGGCCCUAAUCUAUGGAUUUCACAUAACUGGGAAUACAUAUAUGCAUCGGUUGGUCACAGAUACCUAAUAAAAAAGUAGGAGCCUGGAUCUGGGUCUGAAUCUGAAUGUUUGAAUGAAUGUUGUCCCACUCCUCUUCGAUGGCUGUGCAAAAUUUCUGGAUAUUGGUGGGAACUGGAACAUGUUGUACACGUUGAUCCAGAGCAUCCCAAACAUGCUCAAUGGGUGACAUGUUUGGUGAGUAUGCAGCCAGACCAAGGAAGAACAGGAACAUUUUCAUCUUGAUGUGACGACUUUGGAUGAAUGGCACGACAUUGAGCCUCAGGAUCUCGUCACGGUACCUCUGUGCAUUCAAAUUGCCAAUGAUUAAAUGCAAUUGUUUUCACUGUCUGAAGCUUAUGCCUGCCAACACCAUAACCCCACCACAAAGGGGCACUGUUCACAACGUUGACAUCAGUAAACCGCUCGCCCACACGACGCCACACACUCUGUCUGCCAUCUGCCAGGUACAGUUGAAACCGGGAUUCAUCCAUGAAGAGCACACUUCUCCAGCAAGCCAGUGGCCAUCGAAGGUGAUGAUGCUGAACUGCAGGACUACAAUUACGUGGAUGAGCUUCCCUUUCUGACAGUUUGUGCAGAAAUUCUUUGGUUGUGCAAACACACUUUGAUCAGCUGUCCGGGUGGCUGGUCGCAGACCAUUCCGCAGGUGAAGAAGCCAGAUGUGAAGGUCCUGGGUUGGCGUAGUUUCACGUGGUCUGUGGUUGUGAGGCCGGUUGGACAUACUGAUUCUCUAAAACCACUAUGGAGCCGGCUUAUGGUAGAGAAAUUAACAUUAAAACCUCUCGUAACAGCUCUGGUUGACAUUCCUGCAGUCAGCAUGCUAAUUGCAUGCUACCUCAACUUGAGUCAUCUGUGGCAUUGUGUUAUGUGACAAAACUGCACAUUUAUUGUCCCCAGCAUAAGAUGCAUCCGUGUAAUGCUCAUGCUAUUUAAUCAGCUUCUUGAUAUGCCACAUCUUUGAGGUGGAUGGAUUAUCUUGGCAAAGUAGAAAGGCUCACUGACAGGGAUAUAAAUCAAUGUAUGCACAAUUUGAGAUAAAUACUUUUUUGGAACAUUUCUGUGAUAUUUUAUUUCAGUUUCAAAAUGUCCAAAUUAUUAUUUUUUAAAUCCUAAUUGAAUAUUGUAUGUGUAUGUAUAUUACUGCAAAUAUUGAUCACAUUCCUUUUGUAUGAUCAUAUAUUUUGAUACAUUGAAUGUUAAUAUUGUGAACCUAUGUUAUACAUUUUACCUCCUGUUUAAGGAAGUGAUGUCACUGAGUACUAGCCCUAUAUAUAGGACCUUCCACCCCACCUGGGAUAUGGAUACCUGAUGAAGAUUUAAGGGUCGAAACGUUGUUAUAAAUAAAUAUCACAUGGGAGCAUGCGCAGCAGUGUGUGGCCUUUUCCUAUCUAUCUAUUUUCAUCAGCUCAUGAAAAAUAAGACCAACGCUUUACAUGUUGCGUUUCUAUUUUUGUUCAGUAUAUAAUCGAAAAAGGUUGAUUAUUCUCAAUGAUCAUCAAUGCCCCAGGGAAAUAACACAUUAACAUUAUUGGGACAAUGCAUCCAACUGAACAUUUUUCACAUAGGUCUACACGAAACGAGUAAAGUUUAUUUUCAGUUUGGAUGUAAAAGAGUCAGAAUAUGUCCAACCUACUUCCAGAGUUUGAAAACUCUGUGCUCCGUGUGUAAAGAUUAGCGUUUUGCCUUCGUAUAUGACAUGCGCCGGAAACGCAUGUUUGUUUCUUCCGGGAAUCAACCUUCGCUCGAAAAAAAAAACCACGUGCGUAAAUUUAAUCUGUAAACUGGAAUCAAGGAUCGAAUAAAUACAUUAUACUUUAACUAUUGCAAAGACUACCUGUGUAGGUGUCAGUCAUGGGCAGGAAGUUGGAUCCCACCACUUAUGUGAAGAAGGGGCCGGGGCGGAAGUCCAGGAAGCAGAAAGGAGCAGAGACUGAGCUGGCCAAGUUCUUAACGGAUGAGGAUACUGCACCAAAACGACUGUCAAGCAGGUCCAGGAAAAGAGCUGGGAAGCGAGCUCAAGUGACCAAAAAGCCCAAGGAAACCAUCGAGAAGGAGGAGCCAAAAAAAGGAUUCACAGAUGAAAAUAGUGAAUGGCUGAAGCCAGCAAAGAGGAAGCGUGAGGUCGGCCAAUCAGAUAACGAGGAAGACAGUGACAGCCAAUGGGAGCAGGAAGAGGACGAGGGACAAGAGGGAGCGGAGAACAGUAAAGGGAAAAAACUGCUAAUUGAGGGAGAUGGUGAUGAUGAUGAUGACCUGGUUGAUGACUACGGUGCAUUGGAGGACAGCAGUGAAGGAGAGGAGCUGCUCCCCAUCGAGCGAGCUGCCAGGAAGCAGAAGAAGCUGCAGGAAGCCAUGGGCCAGGAGAGUGAUGAUGAUGAUGAUGAUAAUGAUGAUAAGGGGAAGAGUGGAGAUGAAGACAUGGAUGAAGAUGGCACGGUACAGGCUAAUUUAGAUGAGAUGGACAAAUUCAUACUACCUGGAGCAGAGGAGAUAGCAAAAGAGGGCGUUUUGCUUGUAGACCUGCAGACCAUCCACCAGAGAAUAAAGGACAACGUGGAUGUUCUCUCUCACUUUGCAACCAAGAGGGAGGAGGGGAAAGAGAGAACAGAGUACCUCUCUCUCCUCAAAAAGGAUCUUUCUACUUACUACAGCUACAACAAUUUCCUCAUUGACAAACUGCUGGAUAUUUUCCCAGUGUCAGAGCUGAUUGAUUUCCUGGAGGCCAAUGAAAUUCAGCGACCUGUCACCAUUCGGACCAAUACACUGAAGACAAGGAGGAGGGACUUGGCUCAGGCCCUGAUUAACAGAGGGGUGAAUCUGGAUCCUCUGGGGAAGUGGUCUAAAGUGGGCCUGGUCAUUUUUGACUCCUCGGUACCCAUAGGUGCAACCCCAGAGUACCUGGCUGGUCACUACAUGCUGCAGGGAGCCUCCAGCUUCCUGCCUGUCAUGGCUCUCUCUCCCCAGGAGGGGGAGACUGUGCUCGACAUGAGCUCAGCUCCUGGGGGAAAGACCACCUAUAUGGCCCAGUUGAUGAGGAACACAGGAGUGAUUGUGGCCAAUGAUGCCAGUGCUGACAGACUGAAGAGUGUGGUGGGAAACAUCCACCGUCUGGGAGUCACCAACUCAAUGAUCUGUAACUACGACGGGAGGCAGUUCCCUAAGGUAAUGGGUGGGUUUGACAGAGUGCUGCUUGAUGCUCCCUGCUCAGGCACAGGAGUAAUCUCCAAAGACCCUGCUGUGAAGACCAGUAAAGACGAGUCUGACAUCCAGCGGUUGGCCCACCUGCAGAAGGAGCUCAUCCUUGCGGCCAUCGACUCGGUCAAUGCUGAGUCUCCCUCUGGAGGCUAUGUGGUGUACUGCACAUGCUCUAUCAUGGUGGAGGAGAACGAGUGGGUAGUGGACUAUGCUCUCAAGAAAAGAAACGUCAAACUCGUCCAGACUGGACUGGACUUUGGCAAAGAAGGUUUCACCAGAUUCAAAGAGAGACGAUUCCAUCCCUCUCUGAAACUCUCACGCCGGUUCUAUCCUCAUUCCCACAACAUGGACGGUUUCUUUGUGGCCAAGCUGAAAAAGUUCUCCAACACGGUCCCAACCACAGCAGUUGACAAAGACGGAGAAGAGGAAACCGAGCCAUCUGAGGCAGUAGAGGUUACAGCUGAUUCCUCUGAUGAGGACGGGCCAUCUAAAGCAGGGUCCAAAAACAAGUCCAAGAAGCAGAAGCAAGUCCCUGGCAAGCCAGCUGUGUCACAGAAGGCCACAGCCAACAGGAAGCUAGCCAAAAGCAUCGGCAAGAAAACAACAAACCCAAGCACCUUGAAAAAGAGUGAGAAACCAACCGGGCCGAAAAAGGCAAAGAUCGCUAAGAUGGAUGGUGGGACUGUGAAAGUGGACGGAGAGCUCAAGAAGUCCAACACAGUCAAAACAGAAGGGGAGACGACCAAAGAAUCAAAGGAAGGGAGCAGGUUUGAGAAAAAACGCGAUAAACCAAGGAAAUCCCCCAUGCAGAGCAAGAAGAGAAUGGGGAAGAACAAAUUCAAUAAGUUGAAGAAGCUGCUAAAAAAAGAAGAGGUUGGACAAUGAACAUGUAUAAGAUGUUUAUGAAAAUUAAGACUAAUUAUUUUGCAGUUGUCACUAGUCAGAGAGGUCUAAUUGUCAUAACAGAUAAGUAAUUUUCACAAGAGCUGAGCAUGUUAGGAUAAAUAUUGCCUCCCUCCGGACUGAAAAUCACUGCAGCAGGCCCUCCAUUUGAGGGCCCUGAGCCCCUGCCCCCUUUGGAGUAGGUAGAUGUUGUCCCUAACCACACAGAUACUAGAUCAGAUAUUUUUAAUGGCCCUCGUGGAUGAUUGGUUCUAGGUUAGGAAUAUGGUAAUCUGAUCCUAGAUCUGUGGUUGAGGGUGAAGUUUUCACAUUUUAUUCCUUCCUUGCAAUGUUAUCUGUUUGGUUUAAUUACAUUUUGUGUCUUUUGAUCAAAUUGAUAUGUAUUGUAAAGACUAAUCCUUGAGACAAUAAAAUUUCUCAGAUUGUUUGCCAUAUA